CUAUUGAAGUGAAACAAUGAAAGCUAUCGUGUAUGUCUUUGUUACCAUUUUGGCCUGUGCAGCGGCCUAUGAGGUGGACCUCUUGACUGAGGAGCAGUGGAAUCGCCUUAUCGAAGAGAAUCCUGCGAAGCCAGAUGAAUAUGGACUGAUAUUGAAUUCGCAGGCCAAGAAAGCGGUGAAGAAUCUGGUGCAGCAGCUACCCUGCGGCUUUCCCGAAUACGGUAUUCCACCACUUGCACCCUACACCAAUGCCGAUUUGAAUAUUCAUCUGGCCCAGUCAUUUGUUGAUUCAUUGCUUCAGUUUUUGCGCUUCCGUUUUGAUGGCUUGGAGCUCAUGGAGAUUAAGAAGCUGAAGGUCAGCUAUACCUUCAACAAGAAGGUGCAGUUCCAUUUCAAGUUCAAAGAGCUGAAGGCCACCGCCCACGUCCUGAACACAGACACCUUGAUUGAUUUGCUCCGCGAGUUGGGUCUCGAGGUGCGCUAUGAGGGCACCGGUCCACUUGCCUUCUCGCUGGAGAAUCUGUCGAUUCAGGGCUCAUUCAAAUACAAGAUGCCCUUCAUAUUUGGCUCCAUUAAGAUUUACAAAUUCCAGUGUGUGGUUGCCCUUGGUGGUGUUACCUCCCACAUUGGCGGCAUCCUUGGCAACGGCAGGAUCAAUGAGAUGAUCAACGAUAUUGUUGAUUAUCAGGUGCCGGCCUUUGUGAAUGGUCGUCAAAAAGAGAUUAGCGAUAGAAUCGAGCAGUUCUUUGUGCCCUUGGUGAAUGAGAAACUCAAGGGGCACAAGAUUUGGUAUCUGCUCUCGCAGCUGGGCAACUCCAACAAGAAAUGCACGCCCAUACCUCCUCCUUGGUAAAUCAAAUCCUAAACAGUAACCAUUGUUGUUUUACAUAUUAAAACAUCUUACACAUUUAAAAAAUGGAAUAAAGCAAAAUUAGACAAAA